AUGAAGAUCCGUGGUACACCACCAAAAGAAGCGAUUGAGGCCAUCAGGUACCUCAUGCUCAAUAAUGAGGAUGGUAAUCUUCAAGGAAGGGAGAAUCUUACCGAGUGGUAUACGUGUGAGGUCCGAAGACACUUUAUGCGUUGGGUGAAGAAGGAGUGUGAUAUACCUAGCAAGCCCGAGGACCCGGCAGCACUACUAGAGAAGAUCCUCAACACUUUGACCGGCGCACAGUCGAUUUACCUCUACCAGUUCAGAACCUUCCUGGUACAGGUACAGAUCGUCGAGCCUUCUCCGAGAAAAACGCCAAGAAGGGGGAUGAAGAAGAAGGAUGUGACCCAGGAGGUGAACAGAAAUGAUCCCCGGAUUAGGUUGUUUCUCAGAUCGCUCAAUUCUAUAAUGUCCUAUUCGCUUCCAGACCCGGCAUGGAGCGAACUAGUCUACACCGUCUUCCUGGAACUUUGCGGAGUUUCAGUUGGUAUCUCGAUGAGUGAGGAGGAGGAGGCCGAGGAGGAGGAGGCCAGCACCAUCAUCAGUGGAAAUACCACUGAGGCAGACGACGCAAUCUACGACCGAAUGCCACAGAGUUUUCUUACGGAGACGGACCUUGAUGGCGAUUCUAUUAUUGCUACAGACGAGGGUACUCCCAUCAUUCCUGCGGAGCUCGACGGACUCCCGGAUUUUGACCAUUACAAGAAGGAGCCCAAGGGGACGCAGGCAGAGGCUCGACGGAAGGUUCUCAAGCUGUGGGAACUUAUGGAGAGAAUUGGCGUUGGUGGUGGAGGAAGGAGGGGUGAGAGGGUGUUUGCUGAAGUCAUAAACACCCUCAUCACAAUGUACAUCUGCCAAACGUUUGCACAGCGCUGGGGAAGCCCUAGCAUUGCUGGCCGGGAACUCGAAGAUUGGGUUGAGAAUACCCUCGCGCGAUUGAUCGUCGAUAUACUAUUCUGCACUACAGUGAACGAUCUCGACGGUGCUGGGGAUGUCAGGCUCGACAAGCUUUCUCCUAGAGAGAGCUUGAGAGUAACUAGAGAGAGUAUAGACAAGCGCAGGAGAGGAGGGAUGGAUCUGGACUUUGUUCGGACCAUGGAGGAGGAACAGAAGAGACGUAGGGAGGACCUUGAGACAUGGAAGAAGAUCGCCAUAGGAAGACUUGGAAGGCUCCGAGUGAAUGAGCUCUUUGAUAUCAUCGUGGAUUGGCCCCAGAGUCUCGGUGGUGUUGAAGACCUGAAGACAUACAUUUCCACUCCUCAGACGCGAGCGCAUCUCACCGCGACGUUUUCAGCAGCACUCAGUGCCCGCAUACUUCACCCCGCAGCAGCAACUUCAGAUGUUCUCGGAGCGUAUGUUCGUUUGAUCCGUGCGUUCACCGUGUUGGAUCCCCGCGGUGUUCUCCUUGACCGGGUAUCCAAGUGGAUCCGCCGAUACUUGCGCGAGCGUGAGGAUACGGUACGCGUCAUAGUGCGUGGUAUAAUGUCCGAAUCACUAGUAGGACCAGAUAUCGAAGAGGGACUAUCGGAACUUGCCACGGAGCUGGGGAAGGGUAUACCCGCACUCAAUGCUACGUCUGGAGGCCUUGAAGAGAUGGACUACGACGACAUGAACUGGGUUCCGGAUCCCAUCGAUGCUGGUCCUGAGUUCAGGCGCAACAAGGGACUUGACGUCGUGGGCUCUCUAAUUACCCUCUAUGAGAGUAAGGAAGUCUGGCUCAAGGAAGUUCAGAACAUCCUGUCCGCACGACUUCUCGCAGAGCCGGUCUACGACUUUCAUAAGGAAAUCCGGACUAUUGAGCUGCUGAAACUGCGCUUCGGAGAACCACCCACGCAGAACUGCGACGUAAUGCUGAAGGAUAUGCGCGACUCGAAACGACAGGACUCCGUAAUCCGUGAAAUGGCCCGCAGCACCGCACCACUGGCAUUCGGCCAACUUCCUCCUUUCCACGCUAAAGUCCUUUCGCACCUAUUCUGGCCCGAAUUGAAACAAGACGAAUUCCGCCUUCCGCCGGUAAUCACACAAGCCAUGAAGGCCUACCAAGAGGGUUUUGAACGCCUCAAAAAGAAGCGCAAGCUCGAAUGGCUUCUGUCCCAAGGCACGGCCGCUCUCGAGAUAGAGCUCGAAGACCGCGUCAUCGUCGUUCCCGACGCGACCCCCGCCCAAGCCGCAGUCAUUCACGCAUUCAAUGACAACGAUAGUCUUGACGAUGAGCCCCGGACCAUGGCCUUUGAGCAGCUCGAGCAGGAACUCAACAUGCCCGCGUCCCUCCUUCGACCGGCCUUAGCCUUCUGGACCGACAAAGUUGUGCUGCGUGAAGACCCGCCGGGAUGGUACACCGUGCUUGAGAGCCUCAGGAAGGGGGAUGAAGCGACCUCACCCGCGAAACAGGCGUACUAUGCUACCGAGAAUCUGGACAUCAUCGACGAGGAGAAGGCCAGGGAACGCCAGGUCGUCGAACAGUUUGUUAUUGGCAUGCUUACCAAUGGCGGUGCUAUGAAUGGAGAUCGAAUCGGAAUGAUGCUGGGAAUGCUGGUGCCAGGCGGCUUUAGGUGGUUGAAUGAGGAGCUCGGCGAGUUUCUUGUCGAGAUGAAGGAGAGGGGCAGGAUCGAGCAUGCUCCAGGUGGAUGGAAGGUUGUGUAG